UUAUGUUUUAAUUUCUGAUUAUUAUUAUUUUGGUUAUCUGUUUCAAUUGUCAAGUAUGAAAUGUCAAAUUCAGCUGUAGCUUACUUCAAAAUGAAUUGAUUUCACGAAAAGAAAUAUUUAUAGUAUGUUUACGAUCCAAAAAUAAGCAAAAUCCAGAAGGUUUCCAAAAUGAUUGCCAGGCCGUGGACGGAUGAUUUGCCUAAAUGCAGAAAUGCUUGUGUAGCGUCGUAUUUCUCUCAACUCAGCAAUGCUAGUUCUACCGACGACUGCCUGUGUUUUUAUUGUCAAACAGAGGAUAAUUCGUGUCUAUAUGGUGUGUUUGAGCCCCAUAAUGGAUUGGAAGCUGCUAGGUUUAUCAUGCAGAGAAUGGCUGCAGAAUUACUUCUUCCACCUCCAUCUAUUAAUAAUACCGAUGAAGAGAUUAGGGAAAGACUAAGAAAUGCAUUCAUAUCAGUGGAGAAAGCAUACAUUGAGAAUUACGACGGCAUGAUAGCUGAACGCACAAGCUUGCAAUACAGAUUGCAGACUCUUAACGAAACACAGAUUUCCCAAAACUGCGACAACAUCCUACACCGUCUAAAGGAAAUCGACCAGCACCUCUCUGGAGGUGCUACAGUAGUACUAGCUCUAGUUCACAAUAACAAGCUAUUUGUAGCCAACGUUGGAGAGACGAGGGCUCUAUUGUGCAGGACUGAUGAUAACUCUGUGUUGCGAGUUGUGCAACUCACUAUGGAUCAUAGUUUGAACAAUGAAGAUGAGUUGUUGAGGCUGUCACAGCUGGGAUUGGAUGUUAAUAAGUUGAGGAACGUGCAAUACCUAGGCAACCAAACGGGCACUAGAUGUCUCGGUAACUACCUAGUGAAAGGGCUAUACAAGGCGUUUCCAAGCAUUGGUGCAGCGGCCACUGAGCCAGUGGUGGCCUUGCCGGAAAUACAUGGCCCUAUAGCUUUGGAUGAGUCUUGCAGGUUCCUAGUUCUAGUCAGCGCGGGUGUUUACAAACGUAUCCAAGAAGUGAAAGGAAGUAGCGAAGAAACAAACAAACAACUCGCGCAGAAAAUCGUAGAAAACUUCCGCAAACAGUCAGAUUUCACGCGCGUCAGUCAAGCUGUGCUCGAAGAAAUUGAAGAUGAAUUCCUCUCAUAUUGCGUUAAAAAUAAUCUAACUCCCAAAGCGAACACACACAUAACCUUACUAAUUCGCAAUUUCAACUUCCUCCCGCCAAUACCACAAAAUGACAGCUGUCAAAAACAAAACGCAUCUGUCAGAUUCAAUCCGAUUGUGCAAUCGAAAUCGAAUACGCUGUUGAAUGAAAUCGAUUCUGAGUUGUAUUCGUCUGGUACAAAUGAGUGCGAAACGAAUGAUUCGAUUGUUGAUACCAAUAGAUCUAUCGAAUCGACGUCCGAUAUCUAUCCGAAUAGACCGUAUGAAAAGGACAAGAGAAUUAAAGGUUAUGUGGAUUUUUCUUGUUAUUACGAGAAUGUUGCGAAGGCAAGGAAAAAUGGGACUUUACCUAGUUUUAUAAAAUAGAUAAAUUGUAUCAAUGUAGAUAUUUAUAAUGUAUUUUGAGAUUUUAACAGUAUUCAUGUUGAUUUUAAUAAAUAGUUUAUAAUAAA